AUGUUGAAAACACCAGAUGAAGAGUGGUCAGUAUAAUUUUUCCCCCUCCCCUCCCUAUCCCCUCUCCCCCAGCAUUUUUAUAAAAAUUAAUAAAUAUCCUUUUAUUAUUUUAUAUUAAUCAAAUAGCUCAAUUAAGAAACUUAAUUCCAAUACCUAUAAUAAUGCUAAUUUAAGAUUUUAAAUUUUUUAUCAAAGAUAUUAAUUGUCAUUUUGAUAUAUUUCACUAAUUUAUGAUUUUAAAUUUAAUAUUAGGAGAAUAGGGUAUGUGGCAUAGGGGGAUCUUUUAUACAAGACCCAAAGAGCGAGUCAAAGACCUUGCUGUCCGACUCAAAUUUCUUCGUGACGAGCUUCGGCCCAUCUAUAAAGGAAAGCUUUUCAGAACAAAUGAAGUCCCAGAUUACAUCAAAGAAGAGGUCUGCCGUCUUUUUGAUGAGCAUGGCGGUAAAGGAAUUCUAAAGCGAGUUUGCAAUAUAUCAGACACUCAAAUAAAAUGCUGGUACAAGCAAUGAAAAGAAAAUCCUCGAUGUUACGAAACAGUUGAAAGCCAAAAAUUAAGGAAAAAAAAAUUGAAAGAAGCUCCUGUAAAUAUAAACGAGAUCGGACCAUUGGAAAAAUUCAAUUCUUGUAAAGUGACAUCACGAAAAACAAAUAGGAAAAAAUACAAAGGCACAGAGGAUAUCUGUGAAAUUAAAAAUAUGAUGACUGUGGAUAUACAAAAUAAAUGCGAAGAAAUUAAAUCAAGAAUGGAUUCAAGCGGAGAUAUAAGUGCUGGAAGAGGAUUAAACUAUGGACUGAAGAAAGAUAUUGUAAAGCUUGUUUUAAAAGCAGGACAUCCAAGACCUAUUGCAUUGCUACUAGGAUUGAGCGAAAGAGUGGUGGAAGGCUGGAAAGAUAAUUAUGAGACGGAGAUUAUAGAAAAUUAUCAAGAUUAG